AGCCAGCAAGGCAGACAACCGAGAAGAUCUAACCGAGAUGCGAUACUCCAUGGCAAUGAUCCCGAUUCUGGGCCUGCUGCUCGUAGCACUGAUCCACGCCGCUCCCGUUGAGGUCGUCUACACGGGCGAAAGUUGCGCCUGUCCCACCCAACUGGGUUACCAGCUAAAUGUGCCCAAUACCCCAAAGCCAAAGAAGUAUGUCGGUGGCGAGUACGGCUAUCGGGUGGAGAAGCCCGUCCAGACGAAAGCCAAGAUUACCUACAGCUUUGACUUCACUGUGGAGCAGCCGAGGACACCGGCGCCGCCCAAGAACAAUCCCGCCAAGCUGUAUGCCAAGGUGGACCGGAUCACAGUCAACAAAGCGGAUUGCCAGGCCAAGAACAAGUCAACAUGCGGCUGCUCGAGUUGCUCCGGCCAAAAACCCAGGUACGUAGCUUCACCGGUCAGGUCGCCGAAUGCCAUUCGUCGUCGCCGGGAUGUUCGCCAGCCAGGUUCACUGCUCCGCCGUCGGCUAAUGCGCCAACAAAAGAUCCAGGAGCGUCCGCCACGCUUUGUGAAGCUCUAUCACAAGGAUUUGACUCCUGCGCAGGAGAAGCAUCAGCUUAAACUUUUUGGCCUCUUUCCCGUGGAAUCACCAGAGUCAGUGGCUGCCGCACCCAAAACCAAGAGAAAGACGAAGAAAACCCAGCCGAGCUGGAUGGGAUUGGGAAGGCGUUUGAAAAAGCGAGAUAUUAAGGGAGAGUUUGAUCUGCUCGAACAAGAACGAUCCCAGAUAGAUCUGACUGCGCCGGAAAUAAUCCAGUUUAUGCCCGAGACUCUGAAUCCGGACUUUAGGCCCGGUCAGUGUCACGUGGGCUGUGGAGCGAUGACAGCAUCGGCACCACCACCAGAAGAGCCAAUGCCCAAGGAGGAGCAAGUGCCUCAAACGACGCAGCCUGUGCAAACGGAACCGCCAGAGCAGCUCAACUCGAUUCCCGCCAAGAGGGCCGCCUAUGGUUACUAUCCCCUGCAGAUUCCCUCGCCAUUGGGCCGUCGGGAGGACUACAAGUUCGUGGAUGAUUCGCAGCUUAGGAGCCUGUUGUCCACCACUUCUGUGCCGGAUCCGCAGGAGUAUAGCUCCACGCCGUUACAGUUUGCCGGUGAUUUGGAAUCGGUUACAAGAAGAUCCUAUGGUGUACCACUAACGAGUCUCGGCGGUGGCUAUCCCGUGGAGCAUGUCUCCGACUCCCAACUGGACAGCAUUAUCUCCGGGAUAGUGUACAAUCAUCCUGCCUACGAUCAUUACUCCACCGAGGGCAGUCUGGUCGAUCCGGAGCCAAUUCAAAAGCAACAGACGACGGAUUUUCUCAAGAAACUCAUCGAUGGCCGGCUGGGCGGCUGGGGUUUCGAUCAGGGAUCGGAAACCGAGCACAGUUUACACAAUGAUUACUCCACACAACCCGCGAAGACCUAUGGCUAUAAUAGCCAAACCCAAAAUGGCUACAGUAUAGACACCUAUAAUGCGCCACCCAUUACGGAUUACCUGAGGGCCUGGUUCUAGUGCCCAAUCUAACCAACAUAAAAUACAUAGUGUUUAGAACUUAGUUUAAACGAAAAAAAAAAAAAAACAGAGAAAAUCAUAGACGAAAAGUAAACAAAAAGAAAAACAAAAGACAAAAAAAAAACAGAAUAUAAUAAAUUGAAAAUACAUUGUGGUGUUUCUUUCUUUAUUCACCCAACGUCUUCGUCUUUCUUCUCUUUGCAGCUACGGCGAAGACGCGGGCUACGGCUACUGAAGAGAGAUCUUACAUAUAAACCAACAAUAUCAAAACCGAAACCCAAACCAAAACUCCAAACCGAAUGCAACCCAACCCAACCCAACCCAUCGAUCUGCUGAGCUCGGCUUAAAAUCCAGCCGAAAGUAGGCCAGUGGAGCACUCCGCUUUCGGGUCUCCAUUCGCUUGUAUAUAUGUACAUAUAUAUAUAUAUAUAUGUAUCUACGUGUACUAUAGAAGUUAUGAAUCCAACCUCCGAUUUCUGUUUACGUUUUCCGCUUUUGUCGGCACUUCAAGAAGUUGCCCCAAUUAACUGGUUAAUAAAGUGUUUGCCUGAUU